GCUUGGCCAGGACGCUCCUCGCUGCAGCCAGAUCUUCUGGUUUAAUGAGACAUCUGGGGAAGGGGCUCCGUGUUUUCCUGGCUCUCCAGUUUGUUCAUGAAGCAUGACUUGUGUUGAACAAGACAGGCUGGGUCAAGCAUUUGAGGAUGCUUUCGAGGUUCUGCGGCAGCACUCAACAGCAGAUCACCGGGCUACCUCAGGUUACAAGGGCUACCUGGCCAUGCUCAACAACUGGACCCCGCUCAGAGCCAGCCCUGGGGGGCUGCCCAUGGAGGAGCCCAGCUGCCUCUCCAGCUGGCGAACGGUCCUGAACAGCGCUUCAGACCUCUGUUACCUUGAAGGAAACUUUCACCCCCCUCUGCAGAGCACCACUGGACGUCACAUGGUCUCGCCUGCCCUGCUGCAGCCAAAGGGAGGAAAAGGCCGGAGGAAGCCGCGGCUCUUUGAGUACCUGCACGAGUCGCUGUGCGACCCCGAGAUGGCCUCCUGCAUCCAGUGGGUGGACCCCGCCCGCGGCGUCUUUCAGUUCGUGUCCAAGAACAAGGAGCGGCUGGCCGAGCUGUGGGGCCGCAGGAAGGGCAACCGCAAGCCCAUGACCUACCAGAAGAUGGCGCGGGCGCUGCGCAACUACGGCCGCACCGGGGAGGUGACCAAGGUCCGCAGGAAGCUCACCUACCAGUUCAGCGAGGCCACCCUGCAGCGCCUGGCGCCCGGCCGCCCGCUGGCCAAGGAGCGCCUGCCCGGCCUGGCCGCCCAGCCCCCGCCCGAGCACCCGGCCCUCGCCAGCUGGAGCCACACGUGCACCGGCCACCUCCUCGGCGCGGGCCACGCGGCCUACCAGGACGGGCUCUCGGUCCUGCCUCGGGGCUGGCUGAGCCACUGA